UUAUCAUAUUUAUUAUUUUCCGUUUACAUUUUUGGUAUUAUGUUUUUGUAAACACAAACACUAAAACACCGUACAAAAAUAUUUCCUUGUUUUAAAAUGGUUUGUGAGAAAUGUGAGAAAAAAUUGGGUAUAACGGCUACUCCCGAUCCUUGGAAACAGGGAUGUCGUAAUGCCAUCGAUACCAAUUCAGUAAAUAAGCAGGACAACAAACACCUACAGACUAUAGGAAAAAUCAAGACACUAUCUGGCUCCAAAGUAUCAUCGAAAUCUUCACUCAAGACCGGAUCAUCUUCGGUUAUGUAUUCAUUCGGUGCAUGCAGAAUAUGCAAACAGAAGGUACAUGAACCAGGAAGACAUUAUUGUCAAAGUUGUGCAUACAAGAAAGGUAUAUGUGCCAUGUGUGGCGUACGCAUUUUAAACAUUAAAUCUUAUAAGCAAUCUGCUACUUGAAAUCAAUUUAAACAGUCGCAUAACACUAUUAAAUACAGCAUAACUGUAACUGAAACAAUAUUACUGUUAUAGAUGUAAAAUCAUUUUAACAUAAAUGUAAUAUCAUUGAUUAUAAUUUUUAUGUUUUAUAAUCAAUGGUAAUUUGUAAAUUACUUCUCUUAUUUUAACAGGUCAUUCAAAUGUUAUGUAUGUACUUUAAAUAAAAAAAAAUAAAAUGAUGUAA